UUUACAUUUUCGGGUUUGUUUUUUCUGAUAUACACCGUUAAGAUAAUUAAAACUGUUAUUUUAAAUUUAAAUGAUAUUUUAUAGGUUAUACAUAAUUUUUGGCGAUUAAAACAAUAAUGUAACUCAAUAUAAAUCAAGAGAAUAUUCUCCGUAAUUUCAAAGAAACGUAUAUAUAAAUUUCCUAACCAUUUUUUAGCCACGAACAGAGGAAGUUGAAUGGCGGUUCUACUGAUCUUCUUGAUCGAUUGAACGCGUGACUUUCAUUUCCAAGUAUCUUUAUUUUAUUUCGUAACGAAAUUACCAACUUCUCUUUCUCUCCCUCUCUCGUUCGCUCUUUUACCGGUUCUCCCCCUCUCUUUUGGCCAUAAAAAAUAACAACUACAAAAAGUGGUAGCAGCUCAAAGCCAACAAGCAAAGCAAAUGAAACGCAAUGAGACUCGCUCUCCGUAUUGGAAUUUUUUCUGUUGACGUGCAAUUAGCAAAGUGGCCGCAUUCAAAAAUCCUGUGCAAUUAAAAUAUAUAACCAAGUAUUAUAUCAAAAAAUAAUGCAAAUUUUGAUAAGUGUCGACGGGAAAUGUUGCUCAAUAUGAGCCAAAAAAGCAGCAACAACAACGACAGAAUAAUAGCUGCCCCACAACAACAACAACAGCAAAUUAAAAUUGAAAAAGUGCAACAGCACAAAUGAUGCAUAUAUAAAAUAAAAUCAAAAUAGCAAACAAAACAAAAAAUCCAGCCAAAAAAAUUAAAAAUUUGAAAUAAUAAUUUUUUCCUCCCCUCCAAUUGCCUGGCAAUAUCUAAUUGUUUAUAUAUAUAUAUAUAGCAUUACCAUCUUCAUAUAUAUCUAUUAUAUAUGUAAAUGUAUUAUAUAUUUGUGUAUCUGUGUGUGUGUAUUUUCGUGUGCAUUCCAUCCAUUAAUUCUAUAACUCAAUUUAUGUAAAACAAAACAAAAAUAAAUAAAAACCAAACACAAAAAAAAAAUAAAUAAAAACGAAAAACAAACAACAAAAAACCGCAUGUAAGCCGCGUAAAACUAAAUAAAUAAAUAAAUUUACAACUUACAAUUUACAAUUAACACCCGUGAAUCAAACAAAAUAAUCUGAACCAAAAAUCGUGCACCAAAAUGGCGGACAUCAUGCGUCCGCCGUACAGUGAGAUCAAGCGGCCGGACGAAAUCGUCAGAAUGACAACCGCCGACAAUCUCAAGUUCGCCGUCCUCAUCGGCCUCAUCGAGGUUGGCCAGGUGACCAACCGGGAGGUGGUCAAUACCGUACUGCAUUUGCUGGUCGGCGGUGAAUUCGAUAUGGAAUUGAAUUUUGUGAUACAGGAUGCGCAGAAUAUCAAACAUAUGCUGGAGCUGCUGGAUCAUUGUCCGCCCAAUUUGCAGGCGGAGAUUUGGAGCGUAUUCAUCGCCAUCCUGCGCAAAAGCGUACGCAAUCUGCAGGCCUGCACCGAUGUCGGCCUCAUCGAGCAUGUCCUUGUCCGCCUGCAGCGCUCCGAAACGGUUGUGGCAGAUCUGCUCAUCGAGAUGCUGGGCGUGCUGGCCAGCUACAGCAUAACGGUGAAGGAGCUGAAGCUGCUCUUCGGGACGAUGAAGGCCACCAAUGGCAAGUGGCCGCGCCACUCGGCCAAGUUGCUAAACGUCCUCCGGCAGAUGCCACAUCGCAACGGACCGGACGUGUUCUUCAGCUUUCCAGGCCGCAAGGGAUCGGCCAUGGUCCUGCCGCCGUUGGCCAAGUGGCCCUAUGAGAACGGAUUCACCUUCACCACCUGGUUCCGCCUGGAUCCCAUCAAUUCGGUGAAUAUCGAGCGGGAGAAGCCCUACCUUUACUGCUUCAAGACAUCGAAGGGCGUGGGCUAUACGGCGCACUUUGUGGGCAACUGCCUCGUUCUCACCUCGAUGAAGGUCAAGGGCAAGGGCUUUCAGCAUUGUGUCAAAUAUGAAUUCCAGCCACGAAAGUGGUAUAUGAUUGCCAUAGUGUAUAUAUACAAUCGUUGGACGAAAAGCGAAAUCAAGUGCCUCGUUAAUGGACAGCUGGCCUCUUCAACUGAGAUGGCAUGGUUUGUUUCCACAAACGAUCCCUUUGACAAGUGCUACAUUGGAGCCACCCCCGAAUUGGAUGAGGAGCGCGUGUUCUGCGGCCAAAUGUCGGCGAUCUACCUUUUCAGCGAGGCGCUGACCACGCAGCAGAUCUGCGCGAUGCAUCGCCUGGGACCCGGUUACAAGUCGCAGUUCCGAUUCGACAACGAGUGCUAUCUGAAUCUGCCGGACAAUCACAAGCGGGUGAGUCACUUUCAACUUCUGCCAGCGACCUUGGGGGCAUCAUCACUGCCGGGCGUGGGCGGUGGGAGUGGCACCGGGGGCGGCGAUGCAGCAGCAGCGGCGGCAGCAGCUGUUGCCGCCGGUCAGCAGCAGCAGUUGCAGUUGCAAUUCCAAACGCUGGCCGCCGAACAAGAGGCGCGUGCCAUCGAUUGGACGGAUGAAAAGCUCGAUUUGAAUGAGGCCUUUGUGAAAAUCCGAGCGGUCUUAACCGCACGCAAUGCAGUUACCUUGGCGGGCAGUGGCAGUAGCUCUACUGCAGUAGCCACCGCAACAGCAGCAGCAGCAGGAGCAGCAGCAGGAGGCACCUCUCCCGCAGCAACAUCUGCCCUGCCGGCAGCGGCAACACACAAUGAGAAUGAUGCAGCCGUGCAGCAGCAGCAACAUGCAACACAUCUGGCGGCAACAUCAUCGGGCAAUGCCGACGAUCCGCUCGGCCAUUUGCCCACUGGAAAUACUUCUUCUUUUGAGCAACUGCGUCGAAUGUCCAGCGUGAGCAGCUUAAACUUAAUGGUCGGAUCCGCCGACACUGAGGAAGUCAACCAGCUGAAAGCUGUGCUGUACGAUGGCAAGCUAUCGAAUGCCAUCGUGUUCAUGUACAAUCCGGUGGCCACCGAUGGUCAAUUGUGUCUGCAGUCGUCGCCCAAGGGAAAUGUUUCAUAUUUCGUGCACACGCCGCAUGCGCUGAUGCUGCAGGAUGUAAAGGCCGUGGUCACGCACUCGAUACACUGCACCCUCAACUCGAUUGGCGGCAUCCAGGUGCUGUUCCCGCUCUUCUCGCAGCUGGACAUGGCCCACGAGGGUCUGGGCGACAUCAAGCGGGAUCCCACGCUGUGCUCCAAGCUGCUGGGCUUCAUCUGUGAACUGGUGGAGACAUCGCAGACAGUGCAACAGCACAUGAUCCAGAACCGGGGCUUCCUGGUCAUCUCGUUCAUGCUGCAGCGCUCCUCCCGCGAACACCUGACCCUCGAGGUCCUGGGAUCCUUCCUGAACCUCACCAAAUAUCUGGUCACCUGCCUGUCGGCCAAUAGCGAUCUGCUACUGAAGCAGUUGAACACAGGCCUGCGUAAUCCUUUCAAAAAAUUCUACCAGUUGUUCUGUUUCUCGUUUCUCACGUGGCAGCUGCUGGACCACGUCCUCUUCAAUCCAGCCCUGUGGAUAUACACACCCGCGAAUGUCCAGGCGCGACUCUACUCCUACUUGGCCACCGAGUUCCUCUCGGAUACGCAGAUCUACAGCAAUGUGCGGAGGGUCAGCACGGUCCUCCAGACGGUGCACACCCUCAAGUACUACUACUGGGUGGUCAAUCCGCGGGCCAAGAGCGGCAUCAUCCCCAAGGGACUGGAUGGACCUCGUCCGGCUCAGAAGGACAUCCUGGCCAUCCGGGCCUACAUCCUGCUGUUCCUCAAGCAGCUCAUCAUGAUCGGCAAUGGCGUGAAGGAGGAUGAGCUGCAGAGCAUACUCAACUAUCUGACCACCAUGCACGAGGACGAGAACCUGCACGACGUGCUGCAGAUGCUCAUCUCGCUGAUGUCGGAGCAUCCCAGCUCCAUGGUACCUGCCUUCGAUGUGAAGCACGGAGUGCGCAGCAUCUUCAAGUUGCUGGCGGCCGAAAGUCAGUUGAUCCGUCUGCAAGCCCUCAAAUUGCUGGGCUUUUUCCUCUCGCGCAGCACCCACAAACGCAAAUACGAUGUGAUGUCACCACACAAUCUGUACACUCUGCUGGCGGAGCGAUUGCUCCUCUACGAGGAGUCACUCUCCCUGCCCACUUACAAUGUCCUCUACGAGAUCAUGACGGAACACAUUUCGCAGCAGAUCCUUUACACAAGGCACCCGGAACCGGAGAGUCACUACCGCCUGGAGAAUCCAAUGAUCCUCAAGGUGGUGGCCACCCUGAUCCGGCAGUCCAAGCAGACGGAGUCCCUGAUCGACGUGAAGAAGCUGUUCCUGCAGGACAUGACCCUGCUGUGCAACAGCAACCGGGAGAAUCGGCGCACCGUGCUCCAGAUGUCCGUGUGGCAGGAGUGGCUGAUUGCGAUGGCCUACAUCCAUCCGAAGAGCAGCGAGGAGCAGAAGAUCAGCGACAUGGUGUACUCCCUGUUCCGAAUGCUGCUGCACCAUGCCAUCAAGCAUGAGUAUGGCGGCUGGAGGGUUUGGGUAGACACCCUCGCCAUUGUCCACUCGAAAGUUUCGUACGAGGAGUUCAAGCUGCAGUUCGCCCAAAUGUACGAGCACUACGAACGCCAGCGAACGGAUAACAUCACCGAUCCUGCCCUGCGCCAGGCCAGACCCAUCAGCACGAUCAGUGGCUGGGAGCGGGAGGAGCUGCAUCAGCAGCAGAAUGGCGGAGCUGCUGCUGCAGUGGCUCCAAACCAAGCAGCCGCGGCAGUCAAGGCCGCCGUUUCCAUUGCCUCCCUAGAGGAUGUGCCGCCAGUGGUCGAGGAGGAAGUGGAGGAACUGGAACUGGAGGAGGUUGAGAUCCAAGAGGGUCCGAUCAUCGAGGAAGCCGAACCCAAGUCCGUGAUAGCCAACAUUUCCGAUGUGUACAACGAGCAGAUCAAAACGGAUGCCACCUGCAAUGGCAACCUGGAGGAGGUGAAAGAGGAGGAUCCGGCCGAGGAGCAUGUGGAGGACCUGGUGGAGAAGCAGUCGGAGCCAUCUCCCUUGGGAGCACUCCGGGAAACCCUGGAACUGGGCGAUGAUAUGGAUGUGGAGGAACUCGAAUUGGCCACCGCCAAGGAUGCCCUCAAUGCGGAGCAGCAUGUGGCGCGGGUUCUGCAGGCCUCCGAAGCGGCGCUCAACGAUUGCAAAAUGGCCGUCGACGAUGUCCUGCAGGAGGCAUCCUCCGUCCUCAAGGACGAGGAGAUCGAACUGGCCGUCAACGAGGUCGUUCAGGGUGUGCUCAACAACGAGAAGAAAUCGCAAGCGGACAAGGAGAAGGAUAACAAGGAGCAGCAGGUCGGGCAGGAUGUGAAUGUUAGCCUGCUGAACAGCAAGAAUCUGCUCAACAACAAUAAUAAUAACAAUAACAAUAGUCCGAGUCCCACGCCCACAACGACGGCGACGACGGAAACGGAAGUCGAAACGGAGGUCAAUGCCAACGAGAUCGUGGCGCCCAAGGAGGAAACAGCAACAGAAGCAGAAGCAGAGAGAGAAUCAGAAACGAAAACCGAAACAAAAACAAAAACGGGCGCGACAGAAGUGGAAUCCCCGGAAGCGGCCAAGCCAAGCCCAUUAAUCCCCAGCCCCGUAGUAGCAACCAAUCAAAAGACUGAAGAUGCAGCCAACAAGCUGAACAACAACGAGAAGCUGGCCGAGAUCAGUGCGAGUCCCGAGCCCAUUGUUGUGGAGACGCCAGAAGCCGAUCUUCUCCAGCUCUCGGACACCGAAUCCAAGCCGGAAGUGAAAGUGACGAAAGCGGAAGCAGUACCGGAAACGGAAACGGGAGCAGAGGACCCAGUGGCUUUGGCCGUUCGAGGCAUAGUCGAGCAACUCAUCGACAAGGUGAUCGAUGCCACAGAAGCGGAAACGGCCAGCGAAACCAAAACGGAGACCAACAACAAUGAGCUACCCAAAGAUGAGCAAUCGAAAUCAGAGCCCGAAGAAGUGGAAACUCCAGAGAGUUUGGCCGCUGCCGCCGAGGAAAUUGUCCAGGAAGUGGUGGAAGCCGCCCUCGUUUCGGUUCAGGAGGAGGGUACUUCGGAGGAACCGGAAAGGGAAGUGAAAUCCCAGGAACAGGAAAAAGGAAAGCCAGAGGAAGACGAUCUGUUGCAGCUGGAGGAAAAGCCAGCUGCAACUGAGGAUCGGGAGAGCAAGGUGCCUGUAGAGGAACCUAAAGAUUCCAAGUCCCAAGAACUUCAGGAAUCAAAAAUCAAGGAACCUGAUGUUCCCAACUCCCUGGAAAUCCCCGAAGAGCUGGCCCAAAAAACCGAUGAUCAUGUGGUGACCAUCGUCAACCAAGUCCUAGACACUCUGGUCGAUGAAACAGUCAAGGCCGUGGCCGCCGAGCAAACCACCCAGACCUCGCCCGCCCCCGAGGAGCAAUCUCCACAGAUCCUGGCCAAGGAGACAUCUGUGACACCAGUGCGUGUAAAGCCCACUGAAGUGGACUCCACCACCCAGACUACGCCCAAGAACGAGGCGGGCGCCAAUCUAAUGGUUGAGGAGGUGCAACAGGUGAUCCAGGAGGAAGAUGUCCAGAUCCAAACAUCGAGCGGAAUCGCCAUCGAAGACGAGGAGUACUCCAGUCAGCAGGCGGCAUCGGGAGCCGAGAGUGCCAGCCAAAUGGAGGCCAAUCAUUAUGGCCCCGGCAAUCCGGAACCCAAGCAACAGCAGCCGCAACAGCGCUCCAAAUCGGGAUCCACGCGACCCAUGUUCAGUCCCGGACCGACGCGUCCACCCUUCCGCAUCCCGGAAUUCAAGUGGUCCUACAUCCAUCAGCGACUCCUCAGCGAUGUGCUCUUCUCGCUGGAGACGGACAUCCAGGUGUGGCGCAGUCACUCCACCAAGAGCGUCCUCGACUUUGUCAACUCCAGCGAGAAUGCCAUCUUUGUGGUGAACACGGUGCACCUGAUCUCGCAGCUGGCCGAUAACCUGAUCAUCGCCUGUGGAGGAUUACUGCCUUUAUUAGCCAGUGCCACGUCGCCCAAUUCCGAACUGGAUGUGUUGGAGCCCACGCAGGGCAUGCCCUUGGAGGUGGCCGUGUCCUUCCUGCAGCGUCUGGUCAACAUGGCCGAUGUCCUGAUCUUCGCCACCUCCCUGAACUUCGGUGAGCUGGAGGCGGAGAAGAACAUGUCCAGUGGUGGCAUCCUGCGCCAGUGCCUGCGAUUGGUGUGCACCUGUGCGGUGCGGAAUUGCCUGGAGUGCAAGGAGCGCACGCGCUACAAUGUGGGUGCUCUGGCCAGAGAUGUCCCGGGAGCGGCGCACCUGCAGGCCCUCAUCCGCGGCGCACAGGCAUCGCCCAAGAACAUUGUCGAGUCAAUCACCGGUCAAUUAUCGCCCGUCAAGGACCCGGAGAAGCUGCUCCAGGACAUGGACGUCAAUCGCCUGCGCGCCGUCAUCUAUCGCGAUGUGGAGGAGACCAAGCAGGCGCAAUUCCUGUCGCUGGCGAUCGUCUACUUCAUAUCGGUGCUGAUGGUGUCCAAGUACCGUGAUAUCCUGGAGCCGCCGGCAGAGCCGCAGAUCCAGCGUCAAUCGCCAGUGCUGCAGCGCACGGCGGGCGGCGAAGCCGCCAGUGCGCGUCCUUUGUUUCCCCAAUGGUCGCAUCAUGUUUACCCGCAAUUCCUGCCCGAAUCGCACCAGAACCACAACAGCAACAUGCAACACCAGCAGCAGCAGCAGCAACAGCAACAGCAACAGCAGCACUACUACCAGCAGCAGCAGCAGCAGGUUGCCCAUAAUCAUAGCCAUCAUCACAUGACUGCUGCUUACUACCAGCAACAGCAGCAACAUCAGCAAGUUGCUGCCACCCAACAACAACAUUCACCCACUCCUUUGGCCACACAUUCCACCAGUUCUUCGGCCAGCUCCACGGCCACAUCCCAGCCAGCCUCGAGUUCCUCGCUCUCCAGCUUGGCAUCCCAGAGUCAGCAGCAAUCGCAUCGCCAGUUGCACAAGCAACAGCAACAGCAGCAGCAGCAACAGCAGCAACAUUACCAUCCACAUCAGCCGCACUAUGGAUUGAUCAAUGGACACCAGCAGCAUCAGCAACUGAAUGGUAAACAUUACGCGGAAAAUGGAUCGGCAGCGGGAUACCAUCAGCAUCCUCAUCCACAUCCGCAUGGUUAUAUGCGAAAUGGCGAGUCGACGGCACAGCAGAAUGGCAUUUCGGACUAUCAGGCAGUGGGACUGAUGAAUGGACAUGGCUCCGGUGCAACGGGUAAUAACAACAAUUCCAGUCUGAUGAACAACAUGCGAAAUUUGAGGAAUGGCGGAGCAACGUCAUCGUCGUCGCCGGGAACCCAAGGUGUUGCUAACGCGGGAACUGUGAAUGCAAAUGCUGUUGGUGUUGGCAUGGGCGUGGGUGUGGGCAUUGGGGGCGUGGCAGGGGGCUUGGAUGGAGGCGUGGCCUACAAGACGAGCGCUAUAAAUAAUAAUUAUCGCUACAAUGGACGCAACGCAUCCGCUGGAACAGGUGGUCGUCAAAUUCAGGAUAGUGACUAUGAAAUAAUUGUUGUCGAUGAGAACAAUCCAUCCGUCUUGGCGGAUAAUGAUUCACAUUCCAGUGGACCCCCAUCCAUAAAGGCCAACCAGACAACAACAACAGCAACAACAACAACCCAUAUUAACAACAACAACACUAAGACUACAACAACAACAACAGCAAAUGCUCCAACAACUACAACAACAAUUAAAAUUCAACAACAACCAUUGUCACCACCCAAGCCGUUGGUGCCACAAAAAUUGCCAAAGAGCGUGGAUUCGGAUGUGGGCUCGCUCAACAUGAACUCCACGGAGAACGAGGUGCCCGAGGUGGAGUCCUCCAGCGAGAUCCUCAUCGAUGACCACAAGCCGAGCCACUCGAACGACGAAAGCUGGACGGAUGUGAAUCUUAACGAGGAUGCAGCCGUUCAGGCGGCCAGUGCCGGAAUGGUUGUGGGCCUGGUGGAUAAUGGUGGUAAUGUUAUAUCGGACAAACACGAUCCAUCGCAUCACAACCAGCAACAACAACAGCAGCAGCAGCAACAUCAGGCGGGGAUUAUUGGCCAACAGCAUGGAUCACUUGGCCAUUCAGAGCGGGGUGAUAAGCCCGAUUCUGAAAUUUCGGUGGUGCGUGUACCCGAUGGUUAUGGUGGUGCCGGUUCCGGUGUGAAUCCCGGCCAGGGUCAGGGUGUUCCGCCCAAUCAGCGUCCGCGUCCCGAGGAGCUGCCCAUGAAGGCUCCUGCCUUGGUGGCCCAACUGCCGCUGACCACACCCUCUCGCGAGGCGAGUCUCACCCAGAAACUGGAGAUUGCACUGGGACCGGUGUGUCCUUUGCUCCGUGAAAUCAUGGUGGACUUCGCACCCUUCUUGUCCAAAACCCUAGUUGGCUCCCACGGCCAGGAGCUGCUGAUGGAGGGCAAGGGUCUGACGACCUUCAAGAACUCCCAUUCGGUGGUGGAGUUGGUAAUGCUGCUCUGCUCCCAGGAAUGGCAGAACAGCCUGCAGAAGCACGCUGGACUGGCCUUCAUCGAGCUGAUCAACGAGGGGCGACUGCUCUCGCAUGCCAUGAAGGAUCACAUUGUGCGGGUGGCCAACGAGGCGGAGUUCAUCCUGAACCGGAUGCGAGCGGACGAUGUCCUCAAGCAUGCCGACUUUGAGUCGCAGUGCGCCCAAACGCUUCUGGAGCGACGGGAGGAGGAGCGGAUGUGCGACCAUUUGAUAACCGCUGCCCGUCGCCGGGACAAUGUGAUUGCCAGUCGCCUGUUGGAGAAGGUGAGGAACAUCAUGUGCAAUCGCCAUGGAGCCUGGGGCGAUUCGAGUGCCAGUUCGGGUGGCGGCGCCAUCGUGGGAGCGGUGCAGAAGAGUCCGUACUGGAAACUGGAUGCCUGGGAGGAUGAUGCCCGACGUCGCAAACGGAUGGUGCAGAAUCCGCGGGGCUCCUCGCAUCCGCAGGCAACGCUGAAGGCUGCUCUGGAGAACGGUGGACCCGAGGAUGCCAUCCUGCAGACACGCGACGAGUUCCACACCCAGAUUGCCGUGUCGCGGUCACAUCCCUCGGGUCAGCACAAUGGCGAGCUGUUGGACGAUGCGGAGCUGUUGAUCGAGGAUCGGGAGUUGGAUCUGGAUCUCACGGGUCCCGUGAACAUAAGCACCAAGGCGAGAUUGAUAGCCCCCGGCCUGGUGGCACCCGGCACCGUCUCCAUAACCAGCACGGAGAUGUUCUUCGAGGUGGAUGAGGAGCAUCCGGAGUUCCAAAAGAUCGACGGCGAGGUGCUCAAGUACUGCGAUCAUUUGCACGGCAAGUGGUACUUCUCUGAGGUGAGGGCCAUCUUCUCGAGGCGCUAUCUCCUGCAGAAUGUGGCCCUGGAGAUCUUCCUGGCCAGCAGGACGUCCAUACUGUUUGCCUUCCCCGACCAGCAUACGGUGAAGAAGGUGAUCAAGGCCCUGCCGCGCGUGGGAGUGGGCAUUAAGUACGGGAUACCACAGACCCGUCGCGCAUCCAUGAUGUCGCCCCGCCAACUGAUGCGCAAUUCGAACAUGACCCAGAAAUGGCAGCGCCGCGAGAUCAGCAACUUUGAGUAUCUAAUGUUCCUCAACACGAUCGCUGGCAGGACGUACAACGACCUGAAUCAGUAUCCCAUCUUCCCCUGGGUGCUGACCAAUUACGAGUCCAAGGACUUGGACCUGAGCCUGCCCUCCAACUACAGGGAUCUGUCGAAGCCGAUUGGCGCCCUAAAUCCGUCGCGCAGGGCCUAUUUCGAGGAGCGCUACGAGAGCUGGGACAGCGACACCAUUCCGCCCUUCCACUACGGCACCCACUACUCCACGGCGGCCUUCACCCUCAACUGGCUGGUGCGGGUGGAACCGUUCACCACCAUGUUCCUGGCCCUGCAGGGCGGCAAGUUCGACUAUCCGGACAGGCUGUUCAGUUCGGUGUCGCUGUCGUGGAAGAACUGCCAGCGGGACACGUCGGAUGUGAAGGAGCUGAUACCCGAGUGGUAUUUCCUGCCCGAGAUGUUCUACAAUUCGUCGGGCUAUCGGCUGGGUCAUCGCGAGGAUGGCGCUCUGGUGGAUGACAUCGAACUGCCGCCGUGGGCCAAGAGUCCCGAGGAGUUUGUGCGCAUCAAUCGCAUGGCCUUGGAGUCGGAAUUCGUGUCCUGCCAACUGCAUCAGUGGAUCGAUCUGAUCUUUGGCUAUAAGCAACGUGGCCCCGAGGCCAUUAGGGCCACCAAUGUGUUCUACUACUUGACGUACGAGGGCAGCGUGGAUCUGGAUGGUGUCCUGGAUCCCGUAAUGCGCGAAGCGGUGGAGAAUCAAAUCCGGAACUUUGGCCAAACACCCAGCCAACUGCUGAUGGAGCCACAUCCGCCGCGCAGCUCGGCCAUGCAUCUGUCGCCGAUGAUGUUCAGUGCGAUGCCGGAGGAUCUGUGCCAGAUGCUCAAGUUCUACCAGAACUCGCCGGUCAUUCACAUUUCGGCCAACACGUAUCCGCAGCUCUCGUUGCCAUCGGUGGUCACCGUAACGGCGGGCCACCAGUUCGCCGUGAAUCGAUGGAACUGCAACUACACGGCCUCCGUCCAGAGUCCCAGCUACGCCGAGUCGCCCCAAUCGCCGGGCUCCAAUCAACCGCUCACCAUCGAUCCGGUUUUGGCUGUCCAUGGCACCAAUAACAAUAGCAAUGCGGUCAGCCGACGCCAUCUGGGCGACAAUUUCAGCCAGAUGCUCAAGAUCCGAUCGAACUGCUUCGUCACCACGGUGGACAGCCGGUUCCUGAUCGCCUGCGGAUUUUGGGACAAUAGUUUCCGCGUUUUCGCCACCGAAACGGCGAAAAUCGUGCAGAUUGUGUUCGGUCACUUUGGAGUGGUGACGUGCAUGGCCCGUUCCGAGUGCAACAUCACCUCGGAUUGCUACAUAGCCUCCGGGUCGGCGGAUUGCACGGUGCUCCUGUGGCACUGGAAUGCCCGAACCCAGAGCAUUGUGGGCGAGGGCGAUGUGCCCACGCCACGGGCCACUUUGACGGGUCACGAACAGGCGGUGACCUCGGUGGUGAUCAGUGCCGAAUUGGGUCUGGUUGUCUCCGGAUCGUCAAACGGACCCGUACUGAUCCACACCACUUUUGGCGACCUGCUGCGCUCCCUGGAUCCACCGGCGGAGUUCCACUCCCCGGAACUGAUCACCAUGUCCCGCGAGGGCUUCAUUGUCAUCAAUUACGACAAGGGCAACGUGGCCGCCUACACCAUCAAUGGCAAGAAACUGCGCCACGAGACGCACAACGACAAUCUACAGUGCAUGCUGCUGUCGCGCGAUGGCGAAUACCUGAUGACCGCCGGCGAUCGCGGCAUCGUGGAGGUGUGGCGCACCUUCAACCUAGCACCACUUUAUGCCUUCCCCGCCUGCAACGCGGGCAUCCGAUCUUUGGCCUUGACCCACGAUCAGAAAUACCUUCUGGCCGGACUCUCGACGGGCUCGAUCAUAGUAUUCCACAUCGACUUCAACCGCUGGCACCACGAGUACCAGCAGCGCUACUAAGUUUGGACACUUGGGCAUUCCAAAACCCCCCGACUCGCCAGUUAACAGAGGCCAAGGAAAUGGAAACAGAAACGGAAAUGAAAACUGAAACGGAAACGGAAAUAAAAUAUGGAAGCGAUCGCAAAGCAACUACGAAGUACUUAAAACAAAAGCGGCACGGAGGGAGGAUCGGUUUUUUUCUAUAUAGACCUUUACAACUUUAGGCUAGUAAGCGAAACUAUGUUUUUUUUUGUCUAGUAUUAAUUGUGCAUUAGUGUGUGUUUGGCCCAUAAAAGCCAGUCGAAAAAAAGUAACAAAAAAAAAAGAGAACGGAACAGAACAGAACAGAAGAUGAAAACAUUUUUUUUACUAGUAUUAACGAAAUGUAUGUUAAGUUAUGGCAAAAUGGAGGAGGGCAAAAGCAGAAGGCAGAACCAGAAGAAGGCGACGGAGGAGAAGGCAAGAGGAUGAAGCUGGCGGCUUAAGUAAGUAGUUGAAAUAAGACAAAUGAAGUUAGUGUUUAUAAAACGCAAUAAGCAGUUAAUAAAUCUAAAAGUAAAUCUAAAACUAAAGCUAAUUCCACAUGCAUUAUAAUACCAACGUAGCAAAAGUUCUCAUAAAAAUUUAAACAAACAACAAAAAAACGCUGCGCAACGCAAAUGAAGGGAGAAAAUGAUGAAACUAAAGCGGCCAAAAUGGAGAAAAAUGGUAGAGAAAGCAGAAAGCCAAUUUUUAAUUAUAGCGUUAGUUCUUUGUGACAAACCCACACACACACACUCCAAAAAAACACACCCCAUUAUAACAGACACUCACACACAUAAACAAGGUAACCAAGCAAGGACAAUGCCAAGGCAAUAAAGCUGAUAAAUAGAGAAGAAAAGAGAAAGCAGAGGAAAACGGAGCAGGAAACGGAAGUGAAGCAAAAGGCGGAUACGAGAUAUUUUAGUACACACACGCAUAUGUAUUUGUAGCUAAACUAACAAAAAACGCUAACUAAAAUCUAAACAACAACUAAAUUAUCAACGCUGCUAAGAGCCACAGAAAAUAAUAAUAAAUAAACAAACAAAACAAAAAAAA